AUAUAAACCCCAUUUCUUGUCAUUUUUCCCUUCAUAUCACGAUCCUAACCUUUCUUGGAUCUUGUCUUCGAUGCAGCCCCAACAAGAAAUUCCUGUUAUGGUAGUAAAAAUGAAAUCGCUUGAAGAACUUGAACCAUUGGGAUUCCCACGGGACCGAGCAGUUCGGGCACUUCAUUAUUCAGGUAAUACUACCAUUAAGGCUGCUGUAAAUUGGCUCAUUGAUCAUGAGAACGAUGCAGAAAUUGACCAGAUGCCCUUGGUGGCUCUAAACAUGGAUAUCGAGUCCCCUCAGCCAUCUGAUAUCACAGAAGCAAUACAAAUUAAAGAACAGGAACUAAGCUGCUCACUCUUAGGGACUGAGUUCGCAAAAAGAAAGAAGAAGAAGAAAAGAAAAGUGAAAGUGAAAGGGAGAAGGAAAGAAUUCGGGCAGAAAUUUUGUGCCUUAUAUCUCCUCUACUUUCUUAAAGCAAUGACACCAUUCCUUAUCAAUUUCUCGAUGCAUAUUUAUCAGCCUUUUAGCCUUGCGAAAAGCAGAGAAGGAGGAAGAGAAAAGGGUAAGGGAAAAAGUGCUUCAGCAGUUAGAAGUGGAUAAGGUCUUUUCUAAUUCUUACUAUUUUCUGACCAAAAAGGGGUACAUAAAUUCUUACUAUGUUAUUUUGAAUCUCAUUAUGUUCUUGAA